AUGGAGGGAAAGGUGGUCCCUUAAUUUCUCUCUCUUUAUUACACUCAUGAAUGAAACCAACUUAUCAUCAUCAUCAUUCAUCAAAUGGAUUAUUAAAAAAAGCACUUUAUCGGUUUCAAUGAAACAAAGCCUUUGUCUAUUUCUGCAUACAGAAUCACUUCCAAAAAUCAAUUCAAAAAUUUAACAAGAAUAGAAACGAACCUUCUCUUCACAACAAACAGCUUAUUCAAAAUGAUUUUUCUUCUUCUCUUCGUUACCAUUUCUCUUUGCUCAAUAAUUCUCAAUGCUAAUGCUCAACCUCAACCUCAAGGAAAUCAAGAUGUUGGAAUAGUGCAUCACCGGAAUUUGAAUAAGAGAGUUCUACUAGCAUUAAUUGCUUCUUCUGCUCUUCUUGCUGGAAUCUUCGUCUUCUUAUUGUUUUUCUUCUUCUGGCGACAUAAGAAGUUAACAAGCUCCAUGAGUAAAAGCCAAGGAGCAUUAGAGGCGGCAAAGAGGGAAAAGGAAAACUUAAGUUCUGUUAGUGCGAAACUUAACUACUCGAGAAUGGCUGAUAAGAAGAGUUCAAUUGCAAUUUUCGACUUUCAAUUGUUAGAAGGUGCAACAAACAACUUUUCCAGAGAUAAUAUUAUGGGAGAGAGUGGUUCUAGAAUUGUUUACCGAGCUCGUUUCGAUGAACAUUUCAAGGCUGCUGUGAAGAAAGCAGAUAGUGAUGCGGAUAGAGAAUUUGAGAAUGAAGUGAGUUUGUUGAGCAAGAUUCGGCAUCAGAAUAUCAUAAAACUCCUAGGCUAUUGCAUUCACGGUGAAUCGAGGUUUCUUGUUUACGAGUUCAUGGAGAGUGAUUCUCUCGAAACUCAAUUGCAUGGUCCUACUCGCGGAUCGUCUUUAACUUGGUAUAUCCGAUUAAGAAUUGCAAUUGAUGUUGCUAGAGCAUUAGAAUAUCUCCACGAAAACUCCAAUCCUCCUGUGGUUCAUCGAGACUUAAAAUCUUCCAAUAUUCUUCUGGAUUCUGAUUUUAACGCCAAGCUAUCAGAUUUUGGACUCGCUGUAGCUUCUGGCGUGCAACACAAGAACAUGAAAAUGUCGGGAACUUUAGGAUAUGUGGCACCCGAGUACAUUUCACACGGUAAACUAACUGAUAAGAGCGAUGUCUAUGCUUUCGGGGUUGUACUUCUAGAACUUCUUACCGGAAGAAAACCGAUGGAAAACAUCUCUUCAGACCAAUAUCAAUCUUUGGUUUCAUGGGCCAUGCCUCAGCUAACUGACAGAUCAAAGCUUCCAAGUAUUCUAGAUCCUGUUAUCCAAAACACAAUGGAUUUGAAGCAUCUAUAUCAGGUUGCUGCAGUGGCUGUGCUUUGUGUGCAAGCGGAACCAAGUUACAGACCACUUAUAACAGAUGUCUUGCACUCUCUCAUUCCUUUGGUACCCUUAGAGCUUGGAGGAUCACUCAGAGUUACAGAACCAAUCAGCUCAGAGAAUUUUCAAUGAUUACAGAAAACUGUGUUUUUCAGAUGGUUUUCCUUUUUUUUUUUUCUCUUUUUCUUCUUAUAUGUAAUGUAAUUAAGCAUGAAUUAAUUCCAUUUUGUUUUGGAUAGGGCAUGUAAAAAAUUAAAAUUUGUUUUCAAGUUUAACUUUAAGGAAAACAACAAGAAUCUAUUGGAAAACAAGAGGAAUAUGAUCCACACAUUGCUUUUUCAAGUAUAUGCAGAAUUUCUCGAGGUUCACGAUUUGGAAUGUUGAA